UGCCAUUGGUGAGUUUCCCCCAUUAUGGCGGAGGGGCUAGUCGUGCAAAUGGAUUGUCUCGCUCAUUCCUUGCUUGUUUUGUGUCUCAAGGAGUACUUUUCACAGUAGAAGGUUGACGUUUUAUUUGAGGACUGUUGUUUUUAUGUUACCAGUCAUGGCAGACCGUGCCAUGGAUUUGUCUGGUGUACCAAAAGAGGUUCGAGACCAAUUGGCGGAGUUGGAUUUGGAGCUAUCUGAAGGUGACAUCACCCAGAAGGGAUAUGAGAAGAAGAGAUCCAGACUACUGACCCCCUACAUCCCUCACAUAACAAGUGUAGAGCUGUCUCUGCCUGAUGUGCAGCUCACCCCGGGGCACAGUGCAGAGCCCAGCCCCAGUCCGGAGGCCCCGGGGCCCUCUACCUCCUCGGCUCCCAGGAGCCACCGUGGUCACCGCAGUGGAGGGACCAGGGACGACCGCUACAGAUCAGACAUCCACACAGAAUUGGUGCAGGCAGCACUGGCCAAGCACAAAGAAGAGAAAAUGGGGCUGCCCAUGCCUACCAAGAGACGCUCUGCCUUUGUCCAGUCUCCUGUGGAAAACUGCACACCGCCAGACACGUCCUCGGCGUCGGAGGACGAGGGCUCGCUGCGGCGGCAGGCAGCUCUGAGCGUGGCGCUGGCCCAGAGCCUGCAGAGCCCCGACUACUGGAUCAAUCGCUCCCUCCAGGGCUCCUCCACCUCCUCCUCCGCCUCCUCCACCCUCUCCCACGGCGAGCCCAAGAUCCAGCCCCAGCCCCAACCCUCCACCGCCAUCGUCGACGUCCUGGCCCACCUGCGGAUAGAGAACAGUGUUCCUCCAGAUGUUACGUCUUCCAGCUCCAGGCUGGACCUGCCCCCUGCUGUCAAGGGCAUGAGCCGGGGACAGAGUCGCUGCAGCAUGCUGGAUAACACAGCUGAUGGAAAGCGAAAAGGCGUGCCAGUCAACAGCAGGGUGUCCACUAAGAUCCAGCAGCUGUUGAACACCCUCAAGCGGCCGAAGAGACCCCCACUCAGCGAGUUCUUCCUCGACGACUCGGAGGAGAUUGUAGAAGUGCAACAGCCAGACCCCAACACCCCCAAGCCGGAGGGCCGUCAGAUCAUCCCGGUGAAGGGCGAGCCCCUCGGAGUGGUCAGCAACUGGCCCCCAGCCCUCCAGGCUUCCCUGGCACGCUGGGGGGCCACGCAGGCCAAGAGCCCCGCACUCAGCGUCCUGGACAUCACCGGCAAGCCCCUCUACACCCUGACUUAUGGUAAACUAUGGAGUCGCAGUCUAAAGCUGGCCUACACACUGCUGAACAAGCUGGGCACCAAGGCAGAGCCCGUCCUCAAACCUGGAGACCGGGUGGCGCUGGUGUACCCCAACAGUGACCCAGGGAUGCUCUGGGUGGCAUUCUACGGCUGCCUGCUGGCCGAGGUCAUCCCUGUACCCAUUGAGGUUCCACUGUCACGACAGGACUCGGGCAGCCAGCAGAUUGGCUUCCUGCUGGGCAGCUGUGGGGUGGGCCUGGCACUGACCAGCGAGGUGUGUCUCAAGGGACUCCCCAAGACCCCCAACGGAGAGAUCAUGCAGUUUAAAGGAUGGCCCAGGAUGAAGUGGGUGGUGACGGACACAAAGUACCUGACCAAGCCCUCCAAGGACUGGCAGCCCCACAUCCCUACUGCCAACACAGACACUGCCUACAUAGAGUACAAGGCCACGAAGGAGGGUACUGUGAUGGGUGUGGCUGUCUCCAAGAUCUCCAUGCUGACCCACUGCCAGGCACUCACACAAGCCUGUAACUACUGCGAGGGGGAAACACUGGUCAACGUCUUGGACUGCAAGAAGGACAUGGGCCUGUGGCAUGGGGUCUUAACCAGUGUCAUGAACAGAAUCCACACCAUCUCUGUGCCCUACGCUGUCAUGAAGGCCUGCCCCAUGUCCUGGGUCCAAAGAGUUCACAUCCACAAAGCACGUGUGGCCUUGGUGAAGUGCAGAGACCUCCACUGGGCCAUGAUGGCCCACCGGGAGCAGAAGGACACCAACCUCUCCUCCAUACGCAUGCUCAUCGUGGCUGACGGAGCCAACCCCUGGUCUGUGUCGUCGUGCGACGCCUUCCUGAACGUGUUCCAGGCUCACGGUCUGAAGCCAGAGGUCAUCUGUCCAUGUGCCUCCUCCGCUGAGGCCCUGACCGUGGCCAUACGCCGACCCGGGGCCCGUGGGGCCCCCCUACCAGCCAGGGCCAUCCUCUCCAUGGCUGGGCUGAGCCACAGCGUCAUCAGGGUCAACACGGAAGACAAGAACUCUGCCCUCACCGUGCAGGAUGUGGGCCACGUCAUGCCUGGUGCUCUCAUGUGUAUCGUGAAACCGGACGGGCCUCCCCAGCUGUGUAAGACAGACGAGAUCGGGGAGAUCGUGCUCAACUCCCGGGCUGGGGGAACCAUGUACUACGGCCUGCCGGGAGUCACCAAGAACACCUUUGAGGUGAUCCCUGUGAACCAGGCUGGUGCGCCUAUUGGAGAAAUUGCCUUCACUCGUACAGGCCUGCUUGGCUUCGUAGGACCGGGCAGCCUGGUGUUUGUGGUUGGGAAGAUCGAGGGGCUGCUGUCUGUGAGCGGGCGUCGGCACAACGCUGAUGACCUGGUUGCCACGGCGCUGGCGGUGGAGCCGGUCAAAACCGUUUACAGAGGAAGGAUUGCGGUGUUCUCCGUGACGGCGUUCUACGAUGAGAGGAUUGUGGUCGUGGCGGAGCAGAGACCCGAUGCCAGCGAGGAGGAUAGCUUCCAGUGGAUGAGCCGAGUGCUGCAGGCCAUCGACAGUAUCCACCAGGUGGGUCUGUACUGCCUGGCUCUGGUCCCAGCCAACACUCUCCCCAAGACGCCCCUGGGUGGCAUCCACAUCUGUGAGACCAAGCAGAACUUCCUGGAUGGCAACCUGCACCCCUGCAACAUCCUCUUGUGCCCCCACACCUGCGUCACCAACCUGCCUAAGCCACGCCAGAAACAGCCAGUGGGCGUCGGUCCGGCCUCCAUCAUGGUGGGGAACCUGGUGGCGGGGAAGAGGAUGGCCCAGGCUGUAGGCAGAGAGCUGGGUGUGGUCGAGGACCAGGAUCUCAUCAGAAAGCACCAGUUCCUGUCCGAAGCCCUCCAGUGGAGAGCCCAGACCGACCCGGAUCAUGUCCUCUAUGUGCUGCUAAAUGCCAAGGGGGUAGCAGUGUGCACAUCCACCUGUCUCCAGCUUCACAAGAGAGCAGAGAAGAUCACCGCUGCCCUGAUGGAGAAAGGAGGCCUUAACACGGGAGACAACGUGGUGCUGCUUUAUCCCCCAGGCAUUGACCUGAUCGCUGCCUUCUAUGGCUGUCUCUAUGCGGGGGUGGUCCCGGUGACAGUGAGACCCCCCCACCCACAGAACCUGACUGCUACCCUCCCCACCGUCCGUAUGAUCAUCGAUGUGAGCAAAGCUGCCUGCAUCCUCACUACACAGCCCCUCAUGAGGAUACUCAGGUCCAGGGAGGCCGCUGCCAGCGUCAACAUCAAGACCUGGCCCACAAUCAUAGACACAGACGACCUCCCUCGAAAGCGUCCUCCCCAGAUCUACAAGCCCCCCACAGCGGAGAUGCUGGCCUACCUGGACUUCAGUGUGUCCACCACGGGCAUGUUGACUGGCGUCAAGAUGUCCCACGCGGCCGUCAGCACUCUCUGUCGCUCCAUCAAGCUCCAGUGUGAGCUCUACUCCUCUCGCCAAAUAGCAAUCUGCCUGGACCCCUACUGCGGCCUGGGCUUUGUCCUGUGGUGUCUCUCCAGUGUUUACUCGGGCCACCAGUCCAUCCUCAUCCCCCCUCUGGAGCUGGAGAGCUCCCUGCCCGUGUGGCUGAGCACCCUCAGCCAGUACAAGAUCAGAGACACCUUCUGCUCCUACUCCGUCAUGGAGCUGUGCACCAAGGGCCUGGGAACCCAGACCGAGAUGCUCAAGGCGCGGGGGCUGAACCUGUCGUGUGUGCGGAGCUGUGUGGUGAUAGCGGAGGAGCGUCCUCGCCUGCUGCUGACCCAGUCCUUCUCCAAGCUCUUCAAAGACCUGGGCCUCUCGCCCCGGGCCGUCAGCACCGCCUUCGGCUCCAGGGUCAACCUGGCCCUCUGCAUGCAGGGCACGGCUGGUCCAGAUCCCUCCACCGUCUAUGUGGACAUGAAGUCUCUGCGGCACGACAGGGUAAGGCUGGUGGAGAGAGGGGCGCCACAGAGUCUGCCUCUUAUGGAGUCCGGCACUAUCUUACCAGGGGUCCGGGUGAUCAUCGUGAACCCUGAGACCAGAGGGCCUCUUGGAGAUUCCCACCUUGGGGAGAUCUGGGUGAGCAGCACCCACAGCGCCAGCGGCUACUACACCAUCUACGGCGAGGAGAGCCUGCAGGCGGACCACUUCAACACCACGCUCAGCUUCGGGGAGCCCCAGACGCUGUGGGCCCGCACCGGCUACCUGGGCUUCGUCAAGAGGACGGAGCUGCUGGACUCCACUGGGGAUCUCCACGACGCCCUGUUCGUGGUGGGCUCUCUGGACGAGACCCUGGAGCUGAGGGGGCUGAGGUAUCACCCCAUCGACAUCGAGACCUCUGUGUCCCGGACCCACCGCAGCAUCGCUGAGAGCGCGGUGUUCACAUGGACCAACCUGCUGGUGGUGGUGGCGGAGCUGAGCGGCUCGGAGCAGGAGGCCCUGGACCUGGUGCCCCUGGUCACCAACGUGGUGCUGGAGGAGCACCACCUCAUCGUGGGCGUGGUGGUCAUUGUGGACCCCGGCGUCAUCCCCAUCAACUCCCGGGGGGAGAAGCAGCGCAUGCACCUGCGGGACUCCUUCCUGGCCGACCAGCUGGACCCCAUCUACGUGGCCUACAACAUGUGAGCCCCCACCGGCCCCGCCCUCCGGUCACCCCCCACCAGCCCAGACUGAUG